AUGUCAGUGUACNCUCAAACUCGGAAGAACAAUCUCAAGUGUCACAAGAAAAGGCUCACUCAAGAUCAAGUAAGGCUUUUGGAGAUUAGCUUCAACUCCAACAACAAGCUCGACUCCAAUAGAAAAUCCCAGCUCGCUCAGGAACUGGGAUUGCCACCCAGGCAAGUUGCAAUAUGGUAUCAGAACAAGCGAGCACGAUGGAAAAGCCAGAGCCUCGAGGUUGAUUACAAGGCCUUGCAACAAAGAUUAGAUAAUGCUAUGUUGGAUAAUGAGAGGUUAAAAUUGGAAGUUGAGAGGCUUAAGGAGGAACUAAACAAAGCUCAAGAAAUGUUGUUGGCAUUCAACACCACAACUAAUAAUUAUUCAUCAAUUUCAAGUUCUUGUGAUGAAGUUGGGAGUUCAUGUUUGCAGCUUCAUGAUCAAUCCAAACAUCAUCUUGAUAAGGAGCUCUAUGCUUGUUUAAUUGGUGAUGAAGGCCACUUUGGCCAUAAUUUCUUUGCUUCAUCUAUGUCUUGA